UUUGGUCUUCACGGUGAGGAGGCGGACGCCGGAGCUUGUUUCUCCGGCAGAGCUGACGCCUAAUCACGUCAAGUGUCUAUCGGACAUUGACGAUCAGGAUGGCUUGAGGUUUCAGAUCCCAAUCAUACAGUUCUACGGCCACCAUCCGUCCAUGGACGGGAGGGACCCCGUGAAGGUGAUCCGAGAAGCGCUGGCCAAAGCUCUGGUGCUUUACUACCCCUUCGCCGGGAGGCUCCGGGAGGGAGUUGACCGGAAACUUAUGGUGGAUUGCACCGGGGAGGGGAUCAUGUUUAUGGAGGGCGAUGCUGACGUCAGGCUGUCGGAUUUUGGAGAUGCCCUACAACCUCCAUUUCCAUGCACGGAUGAGCUUCUUUAUGAUGUUCCUGGCUCGGGUGAUAUUCUUAACUGCCCUUUGCUUCUCAUUCAGUUUCAGGUAGAACUUGAAGGUCGCUGCCAUUGCCCGUUGCUUCGGGAGGAAUCAAGGGAAGAAGACGUGGUUCGUGCUUCUCCCGUUCUGUUUUAAAAAUAAUUACAUUAAUGCUCAUGGAUAAUAUUUUCUGAAUAAUUACUUUGGGGGCUUGCAUGCCUAGUUAUGCCAAGUGUGGCUUGAACAAUUGUAUUAAUGCUUCCGCUGUUUU